AUGAAAUCCUACACAGGCGAGCUGUACUGGGCUGGCGACCCCCAGCUGCUAGCAGAACGCCGCAGCACACGCAAGCUCAUGCGGCGAUACAAUCAUGAGAUCGACUAUGAGGAUGAACCCACCAAGCUGUCUGUGCUGAAGGAGAUGGGCAUCACCUUUGACGCGCAGCACCCCCCCUUCUUCGAGCCACCCCUCUUCUUGGACUAUGGCUACAACAUCACCGUCGGCAAAGAGUUCUACUGCAACUUCAACACCACGUUCCUGGACAUCUGCCCCAUCACCAUCGGCGACCGCGUCAUGCUGGCACCGGGCGUGCAGCUCUAUGCCGCCUUCCACCCGCAGCACGCCGCCACCCGCAACGGCGGCCUCAAGCCCGAGCUGGGCGCGCCCAUCACCAUAGAGGACGACGUGUGGGUGGGAGGGUCGGCCGUGAUCCUGCCGGGCGUCACCAUCGGAGCGCGGUCCAUCAUCGCGGCGGGGGCGGUGGUAACCAAGAACGUGGAGCCGGACACCGUCGUGGGGGGCAACCCCGCCAGGGUCAUCAAGAGGCUAGACCCAAACCAGGCCGCAGCCUGA